AUGAAUAGAUUUAUGCAAAUGGGUAUACCUGUAGAAUAGUUAUUUAAAUGCUGUGAGAGAAUUGAAAAUGUAAGACCUUACAUUUUGAAUGAAAAAAUGGAAUAUGAUGUUUAUGGUGGUUAAGAUGGUAUCGAAUUAUGUGCAAAUUAAAUUUAUGCUAAAAUUUUUGCGGAUAUAACGUUGGAAUAAUAUUUUUUUGGAAUAGACCGAGCAACUCAAGCAUCAAAAUUUGCAAAACUAUUCUUCCAAUAAUAUCAUAUGGAUUCUCCAAAUUAUACUAAUGAAGUAUCAAGAGAAAGGCAUGUCAAAUAUGAAUUAACCAAUGUAUAACUGACCAAUUUUAAAUUUUAUCUUGCUUUAACUCUAUAAGAAUUAUAAGUUCCAUUUAAAUAUGCAAGUGCUUUGCUUAGAAGAAUGGAUAUUUAUAAAUAUGCAAUCAUAAACAAAAAUAGUCUUCAAGAUUAUAUCUGCAAUUAUGGUUACAAUUUAUUUAUCGAGCAAUUCCUAAAGAGUUGUUUAGAAGAGCCUGUCCUAUACGAUUUAAUAUAGAAAGGAGGUAAAGCUAAAUUUACAAAUCACUGCGAGAAUAUAUUUCAUUAUUUUUUUUCGAUAUAAUGUUUAGGCAAUUACAUUAGAUGAUUUAGAGGAAAUUCACUAUCACAAAACUAUAAUUACUGAGAAAAUUUUUAUGAAAUUGAAGGAGAAGGCUAUGGCUGAAGUUGCAAAACUUACUAAUGAUCGCAUUGUCUUAUAAGACUUCGAUGAAGAUUGGGAUGAGAUUAAACCAUUAAUUUUGAGUGACUCUAGAAUGUCUUUCCUGAAAACCAAGGAUAGAGAUCUUUUGAUAAACGAAUUGGCAUAUAACUUGGAGAAUGAAUUUUACUCCAGGUAGCUAAAUGUGAUUUAUGAGGUAUUAUUUUAUAUAAGUUAUAGACAGAAGAAAUACAUAUGACAAGGAAUAUCAAAAGCAAGUUGAAUCUUUUAGUUUACAGCAUAAAAUUCUUCAAGAGGACUGAUUUAGAAGUAAUUCAUAGGAGAUUCAGAAUCAGUGAAAGUUAAUAUUUCGAUUUUUAAUAAAGUUUUCAAUCACUUUUAGAAAGGAUUCCAGACCUACAUUACAUUCAUGAAUUAUUAGAAGAAUACAAAAAAUAUCUUGUUUCGGAUUGA